AAUACUAGAAUGGUUGUUGAACGAAGUCGAUGGACUCUUCAGCCUUGUGAAACGAUAUGGGAGUGCUAAAUUUCAAUUUAUUUAAACCUAGUUUUUAUUACUAGCUGUACAACGUCUUUCUUUCCGAUUCGUAAAAAGAAUGACUGAAUAGUGCUAUCUUAAAAUAUAUAUAUUUUAAUUUUGUUAUUGGUAUUGACAAACCAGAAAGCAUGGCAACUCGCAUGUGUAUAUCAGGGAAUCUCACCGGACUAGUGUGUAUAGCUAUAUAUUUAUUAGUUUCUAUGUACUGUGUAAAAGGUAGUGGCGUACUUAGUACUGUAUCUUCGCAUCCUAAGUCUUCAAAAGAAAUUACGUGUACGGAUGUCAGAUAUGCGUAUACUUCAAAAGGUUUUAGUAACUCAGAUGUCCCAUUUCAUGCAAUAUCAGGCGAGCAGCUGAGGAUAUGUGAUAGGGGGUUGACGUGCUGCACGACGGACAUGGAGCACAAGUUGAGUACGCACAGCAGAGCCGAAUUCGAUCGCCUCUUGAGAGACACAAUAGGACAAGUGAGAGCGACCUUCGCUGCCCAAGCUCAGAGAUUCGACGAAUACUUCAAAGAGCUGCUGCGGACGUCGAAAAAAGACUUCCACGAGAUGUUCUUAAGGACGUACGGCAUGUUGUACGACAGGAAUUCUUUCAUCUUCAAGGACAUGUUCGACGAUCUCGAGAAAUACUAUCUCACAGGGGGUGUGGAUCUGACCGCUGCCUUAGACAACUUCUUCGAUCGUCUCUAUCGUAAAAUGUUUCAGGUUCUGAACAGCCAGUACACUUUCAACGAGAUGUAUAUGAACUGCAUCAGCCAGAAGAUGGAAGAGCUUAAGCCCUUCGGCGACGUCCCGAAGAAACUCACGGUGGAAGUGAAGAGGUCCUUCGUGGCCACGCGGACGUUCGUCCAAGCCCUGGCGAUAGGACGGGAUGUGGUCAAGUUUGUUCAAGAGGUGGGCCCUACUCCCGAAUGCAGCCGUGCCCUGAUGAAGAUGACUUAUUGCCCGCACUGUAACGGCCUCCCAGAUCUCCGGCCCUGCUCCAAUUACUGCUUGAACGUCAUGCGGGGUUGCCUUGCAUAUCAUGCAGAACUGCACCAAGAAUGGAAUAAUUAUAUCAAUGCGAUGAUGAUGCUCGCUUCGAGGCUGGAGAGCUCCUUCAACAUCGAGUCUGUGGUGGAUCCCAUCGACAUCAAGAUUUCGGACGCCAUCAUGAAUUUCCAGGAGAACGGACAGGUGGUUUCGCAAGAGUUGUUCAAGCAUUGCGGUAAGCCGCGACUGGGCAAGCGAGACGCUCGGCACGAACUGAAUUUCGAGACCCUGAAAUUCGGACACCGCGAGAACGCAGUACGUCCGACGACUGCGGCCGGCACCAGCAUCGAUCGACUCGUUCAAGGCAUCAGGAAGAAGAUAAAAAAGACCAAGAACUUCUGGAUUCAGCUGUCGAAGCUCAUGUGCUCCAACCCUCAAGUGGCCGGUCAAAGCAAGAGCUUACCUGUGGAUGACUGCUGGAAUGGCCUGGACAAAGCAAAAUACAUUGCAGACUUGAUGGGCGAGGGCCUGCAGAACCAGACGCGGAAUCCCGAGGUGCACUUCGACGUCUCCCGCCAGAACUCUGUCAUCAACCAGCAAAUCCUCACUUUGAAGCUCAUCACCACGAAGCUGACUCACGCCUAUAACGGUCUGGAUGUCGAAUGGCAAGACAGUGAUUGGAGUGAUUCGAGUGGUAGUGGAAGUGGGAGCGGAUUUGGCGAAGACGAACCGACAGAAGACAGUUUUGGCGACAUAUAUUUCUCUACUCCUUCAAAUCCGACACGUUUCAUUCCAGAUAACCGAACUCCACCAAAAGUGUCAUCGGCCACCACUAGAUGGCAGCAUAGUACUCUGUUGAUUUGUGCCACUUUUCUUAUAUGGAGCUUUAUUCAGAAGCAAAUAGCGCUAUUCAUCUGCUAACAAUUUUUUAACGGCGAUAUUCUCAGAAUCUCAUACAAGUGCUUCCUAAAACACAUAAAGAGCUGGAAAGUCACUGCCUUCGUAUGGACAGAGACCUGUAAAUUUUUUCUUCUCGUAUUCUUUUGUACAACAAAAGUGUAGUGAGAGAAGAUAGUGGUCAGUAACAUUAGAACUUUUUCGUUGAAAAGAAUGCCCAACAAAAUGUAAAACUUCUUUUUAUGUUUUCAUAGUACAACGUGUGAUCUUAUCUUCCUAGCGCUGCUCAAUUGUGAUAAUUUGUUGAGCAACUUUUGAUCUUGGAGUUUUAUUUUAUACAUUUUUUUCUUUAAGUAUUAUUCUUUGAAACAAAAGAAAAAGAAAGAAAUUACCAGAAAUCUUGUUUGAAUGGAACCGAUAUUAUUUUUAUACUAGAAUCUCAUGACGUACAAUGACGUUUGCUUCUUGGAAAUGUGAAUUUAGUGAAUUGGAAAUAUUUCUGACAGUGAAAAUUGUAUUUGCUUAUUCUGCAAGAAGAAUAAUAAGUCAUUUUCUUUUCAUGCAGGUGCUUAUGUCU